AUGGUCUCAGAUGGUGCUAUUGAUACUAGGUUUAUUGAGAACUUUUUACAAGGCUUAAAUUGUGAACAGUAUCUCGAAAAGUUCGUCGAAUGCAGGAUUCUGACUCCACGAGAGGUAAGAUUCCUGGAUCGAGAGUUGUUAAAUGCAUUAGGAGUAUCUAAGCUGGGGGAUAGGGUGCGGAUCUUGCACAGGGCUAAGCAAUUGACAGGUUCAAAGUCACAGCAGGAUUGUACGAGUCAAUUAAAUGAGAUUAUAGAAAAGAUUGGUUCGUUAUCAACAGCAGGAGCGCCAGCAAGUGAGGAAUUGACCACUGAAAAGCACUCGGUGAUCUUUAUUUUGAAUGAUGGCUCAGCGAAGAAGGUUAAUGUGAAUGGCUGUUUCAAUGCGGACUCUAUUAAGAAAAGACUUAUCAAGAGAUUACCUUCAAGAAGUGAAGAGGAUGAUUCUCAAGCUAUUCCGGAUUAUGAUGUCUUUGUUGUUGACUAUUUGAAGAACGUCCUACAUCUGCUUUAUGAUGUUGAGUUGGUGACCAUUUGUCAUUCAGCUGAUCGCUCGGAGAAGAACAGGUUGAUCUUUGUCUCGAAGGAUCAGACCCCUAGUGACAAAGCUAUUUUGACUUCGAAGAAAUUGUAUGUCAAGACUCUGAGUGCUCAGCAUUUGACCCAGACAAACGCUAAUGAAUCUGUUUCUGGGAAUGCCUUGCCAGCUUCCAGUUCUCGUUUGCGGUUAGAUAAUGGUAAGGACAAGAUCCGCAAGAUUUUCAAUCAGAGACCUCCGAGUGAACUCAUCUCGACCAACCUGGCUGGUUACUUUCCUCAUGCAGAUAUGAGACGUCUGGAAAAAACUUUGAAAGAAUCUUUUAGGCAGUCAGCAAGGUUAUCCACCAUUCAGGGCCGAACACCAAGUAAGGAUAGCAACAACGUUGGAGAUAUUCUGCUAAAUCAAUCUAAUGCGGUGAACUCCGCUUUGUUACGAACCGUCAUGCAGAAUGAAAGCAGUGAUGAUAGCGGGUCGAACAAAACUACCUCUAGUACAGUGGAACGGCGCGUACCAGAUUUCCCAAACGAUGAUCGUAUUGAACUGUGGAAUGCUCGUCCUGAAGAUCAGCUGGACGAAGAUCCAGACAGUGAGAUUGUAUCUUUACCAACAAAGAUGGCUACUCCAAAGACCUGGCUCAAAGGUGCAAGGAUUGGCUCCGGAAGUUUUGGUACUGUUUACCUUGGGAUGAAUGCCCGUACAGGUGAACUAAUGGCUGUUAAACAAGUUGAACUACAGUCCAGUGCCUUUGCGGCUGGGCUUGUCGGCGGUUCGGACGACAAGAACGAUCUGAAGCAUGAGCAGAAGUUGAAAAAUGCUUCUCGUAUACAUAGAAAGAUGAUUGACGCCCUGCAGCAUGAAAUGAACUUGCUGAAAGAUCUACACCACGAAAACAUUGUAAAAUAUUAUGGUUCGUCUGAAGAAAGCGGUAACCUAAACAUUUUUCUCGAAUACGUGCCUGGCGGAUCCGUUUCUUCUAUGCUUAACAGUUAUGGGCCAUUUGAAGAAUCUCUUAUCAUCAAUUUUACGAGACAGAUUCUCAUUGGUGUGGUCUACCUUCACAGAAAGAACAUUAUUCACAGAGACAUAAAAGGUGCUAACAUACUGAUAGAUAUCAAGGGAUGUGUAAAGAUUACUGAUUUUGGUAUCUCAAAGAAACUGUCUCCACUCAAUAAGCAACAAAAUAAAAGAGCAUCAUUGCAGGGUUCUGUUUAUUGGAUGGCUCCCGAAGUAGUCAAACAAGCAGCCACAACAGAAAAGGCUGACAUAUGGUCUACUGGCUGUGUCGUUAUAGAAAUGUUCACAGGUAGACAUCCGUUCCCAGAUUUCUCGCAAAUGCAAGCCAUCUUCAAGAUUGGUACUAGUACUGCGCCCGAGAUACCUUCAUGGGCCACAGAUGAGAGUAAAAGCUUCCUCGAAAAGACCUUCUUGUUGGACUACAAGAAGAGACCUGGUGCAGCAGACCUGUUACAGCAUCCCUGGCUCGAUGCCCACCUCAUAUAA